CCCCCGACACACACAUUCACACAGAGGCCACGCUCUGGCUUCCCAGGCUUUGGUCUCAGCAGCAUCCAAGCUCCUCACCGGCGGCCCUGCUCCUGGGGUGUCCCUGAUCCCAGAAACCUGGGGGCUGUGGGAGGGGAGGGAGUGUCUGCUUUGCUCUCGAGGGAGCCCCUAGAGACGGCAGCAGGAUGGGUGGGCGGCCCUCCAGCCCCCUGGACAAGCAGCAGCAGCAGCACCUGAAGGGCCAGGUGGACACCCUGCUGAGGAACUUCCUGCCCUGCUACCGCGGGCAGCUGGCCGCCUCUGUCCUGCAACAGAUCUCCCAGGAGCUGGGGCCCCAGGAGCCAGCCGGAUGCCAGCUGAUGCGCAGUAAAAAGCUUCCCCGAGUCCGUGAGCACCGAGGGCCUCUGACUCAGCUUGGGGGUCACCCGCCUCGGUGGCAGCCGAUCUUCUGUGUCCUUCGUGGGGAUGGCCGCCUAGAGUGGUUCAGCCACAGGGAGGAAUAUGAAAAUGGGGGCCAUCCCCUGGGUUCCAUGGCCUUGACAGGGUAUACUGUCCUGACAUCCCAGCGUGAAUAUCUCCACCUAUUGGACACUCUCUGCCCAGUUUCCUCAGGAGAGCGUACCCAGGGAGAGUCUGACCCCCUCCUGGAAAUGCCGGUGCACUUCCCCCUGUUCCUGCAGCACCCCUUCCGCCGGCACCUCUGUUUCUCUGCGGCCACGGGAGAAGUGCAGCGUGCCUGGAGGCUAGCCCUACAAGGUGGCAUCCGGCUUCGUGGCACAGUCCUGCAGCGAAGUCAGGCCCCCGCCGCCCGUGCCUUCCUGGACGCCGUAAGACUCUAUCGGCAGCACCAAGGCCACUUUGGCGACGACGACGUGACCCUGGGCUCGGACGCCGAGGUGCUGACCGGGGUGCUGAUGCGGGAGCUGCUGCCGGCGCUGCGAGCCCAGACCCUGCCCGGCCUGCGGGGGGCCAGCCGCAACCGUGCCUGGGCCUGGACCGAGCUCCUAGACGCAGUGCACGCCGCCGUCCUGGCCGGGGCCUCCGCCGGCCUCCGCGCCUUCCAGCCGGAAAAGGACGAGCUGCUCGCGGUUCUGGAGAAAACCAUCCGGCCCGACGUGGACCAGAUACUGCUGCAGAGAGAGCGCUUGGUGGGGAGGCUGCGGGUCGAGGUCCAGCGCCCUCUGGAGUCGUGCCUGCGCGGGAAGGUGGACGCACAGCUGUCCCUGGUCACGCAAAAGCUGCUGAGCACCACGGAAGCCGUGCUCUUGGCAGUGCAGAGCCUCCUAGCUCAGGGCAUGGACCGCCUGUCCCGCCAUCUGCGUGGGAGCUCCUCUGGCACGCAGCUGCGCAAGGAGAUCCUUGGCCCUGCUUUUCCAUCGAAAAAAAGUUGUUCUCACCUGCCUGCCAUUGGAGCCCAGGUUUACUCAUUUGGGGAGAUGCCGUGGGACCCAGAGCUGAUGCAGACCUGCUACCGUGAGGCUGAGCGAAGCCGGGGGCACCUGGGGCAGCUGGUGGUGCCAGUCGGCUUCUUUGGGACGCAAAGCCUGGUGUUUGGGGCUCAGGAUCUCGCACAGCAGCUCAUGGCCAACGCCGUGGCCACCUUCCUACAGCUGGCGGACCAGUGUCUGACCACAGCCCUCGACUGCACCCAGGCUGCCCAGCGGCUGGAGAAAGUCCGGGGGCGUGUGCUGAAGAAAUUCCAGUCGGACAGCAGCUCGGCGCAGAGGAAGUUCGUCCGCGGGUGGCUGCUCUGCAUAUUCUUACCCUUCGUGCUGCGCCAGCUGGAGGAGGGCUGCAAGGUGGAGCUGCUUGAGUUCGAAGGAGAUGUCCUUGCCGUGGGUAGUCCAGCCCUGACCAUCGAGGGCAUCUAUAAAGACAUUGUCCAGGGGGUCCUGCUGCAGAAGAUCGAUGGAGAAUUGAAAAAGACCCUCGGUGCCAGUGACGUGUCCUGCACACUGGACGGCUGCUCAGAGGCCCCAUGGGACCAGACAGGAGUUGAUGAGGAAGCUGAGGCUCAGAGAAGAACUUGCCCUGGGCAGCCAGGCUCCAGUGCCGAGGUCCAGCGACUCUGCCCACUGCCUCCUCCUGGAACAUUCUGCCGUUGAGUCUUUGGCCACCUUGUCCUCAUUCCCAUUGGUUAAAUGUCUACUAGCGGAAUUUCGGAGUCAAAGCAUAUGCACCAUUUCAAGGCUUUUAUAACCCUCAUACUUCCACCUCAUUCCUCUCCGGAAAAGCUGGGCUUCUUUUUUAUUUUUAACAUUCCCAUCAGCAGCAUUUGUGCAUAUUCUCCAUAUCCUUUCCAAACACUAGAAAUUUUCAUAAAAGAAAAAAAGUCACAUUUCAUUGUUUAGUUUGAAUUUCAUUAAUGAUUAUACUGAACCUAAAAAUAUGUUUAUUGGCCAUUUUUAUGUUUGUACUUUUUUUGUUUUUGUUUUUUUUAAGUGAAUUGCAUGUUCAUGGCUUUUACCUACCUUUCUCUUCAGGAGAUUUUAUCUUUUUCUUAUUGAUCUCUAAAAACUCUUUGUAUAUUAAAGAUAGUAAUGCUUUGUUA